CGGAGAAAAAACUUGGAAAUUAAUUGUAAAAUAUAUAAAAGCUAAUAAGAUGGAAAAUUAUGGGUUAAUUGGAAUGAAGGAAGAUGGAAUUCUUUACAAAAUAUCUGAUGAUGGUGCGGGUACCAGUAAUGCUGAACAUCAAGUUGAUGUCGGCCAUGCAGCACACAUACCCGAAGGAGAACAACAAUUACUACAAAUUCUAGAACAUGAAGAAAACUAUGGAAAUGAUGAUGAUUCAAUGGAAGAAAAUUAUUCAGAAGAAGACUUGGACACAGAUUUGCAUCUCUAGUCUCGGACUCGCAAAUAUGAGUC